AUGGAAACGCUCGCCAACACGUCUGACACAGCCGAGGGAGACGCGUUUCUCGUCUUCCUGAACCUGUCCGGGGAGUUCUGCCGGACGUCUGACCGGGGCCGGUGGUACUGCGGCGUCCUGCUGGGGCUCUUCGCCGUGGCGCUCCCCGUGGGAAUCCUGGGGAACGCGGCGGUGCUGCUCCACUACUCCUGCCUCGGGAAGGCCCUGACCGCCAGCGGCGUCUUCCUGCUGAACCUGGCCCUGUGCGACUCGGCCUGGAUCCUCACCCUCCCCUUCAGCCUCUACUUCAGGAUCCGUCGGCGGGGGGGGCCGGCGGCCGCGCGGCUAUUCUGCCGCGUCCGCAGGCUCUCCUUCAACGUCAACGUGUACGGCAGCAUCCUCUUCCUCACGCUGGUCAGCUUCGACCGCUACGUGGGCGCGGUGCACCCCGUCCGGUCCCUCCGCUGGUGGGGGGCGGGCAGAGCCAAGCUGUGCUCGGCGGGGGCCUGGGCGGGGCUGGUCAUCGGCUCCGUCCCCGACCUGUUUGUCACGUUCUCUGCCCGGCGACCGAAGAACCUGGACGUUUGCCUGGACCACGUCAAUGGCCCCUUCCUUUACUUCAGAGUGAGCACCGUCCUCCGGACAGCGCUGGGCUUCCUGCUCCCUCUCGCCGCCCUGCUGGCUUUCUACGUCCGGACGGCGUGCGUUCUGAGGCGUCUAAAAGGAGGGAAGAGGGUGGGCGGGGCUAAGCGCGGAGGCAGGAAGCCGCUGCGGCUCCUCACCGCCUCCGUGCUGCUCUUCCUGGUGUCCUUCGUGCCCUAUCACGUCAUGGUCGUGGCCCUGAUGGUCAUGGUGACCCACAACAUGGUGACGGCCUCCAACGCCAUGGGCCUCUACGUGUCCUACGAGCUGUGCGAGGCCGUGUGCGUCCUAAGCAGCUGCCUGGACCCCCUGCUGUACAUUCUGGCCAGCGGGCAGUUUAAGAGGAAGCUGCUGGCCCUGAAAAGAGACCGGUGCAGGAGGCUGUGCUCCAGGGCCAACGGGAGGGUGGGAGUUAUUGGCGAUAAAAAAUCUCUGGGGACACAGGCCAGCAUUCUCUCCAAAAAGCAGACCCCGCCGUGCGGCGGCCUUAGGCCCGCUCUCCGUCUGAACCGUAAACAUUCAUCAUACCCCGUACUGACUGAGCUGCGGCGGGCGUGUCCCCGGAGCCGGAUCCCUCUGUAA